GUCCAUUAUUUUUACAGUCAAUGGUCUCAAGACGCUCUUCGCGGAAGCUCCUCCUCCACUACUCCACACACGCCUCGAAGCCUCGAAACAGAACGUCACAUCACUAUUUCCAACCACUGAUAACCACAAAUGCGUCAUGCUGCUCAUAGAUCCAGGAGUGUACAUCGGCACUGUCGCUGACCUGAACGACAGCCAGGCGCUUUCUGCAGCUUCUGUCUCUCACAUCCUGUCUGUGGACUCUGUGGAUCCUGGUCCUCAGCUUCCAGCUACAGGAAGCUUCACCACAAAGUGGAUCAAUGCUUUAGAUGAAGAGACGUCUGACCUGCUCAGUUACAUGGACGCCUGCAACAUGUUCAUUGAUGAGGCUGUGAAAGGGGGCGGGGCUGCACUGGUUCACUGCCAAGCAGGUCGAAGCCGCAGCGCCACCAUUGUGACUGCGUAUUUAAUGAAGAAACACCAUCUUACCUUCACUGAGGCUUACCAAAGACUGAAAAGUGUCAAACAAGAGGUGCAGGUCAACAGGGGUUUUGAGGAGCAGCUGCAGCUGUAUGAGUCCAUGCUCUGUCAGGUCGACACGUCUAGUGCUUUGUACAAACAAUACAGACUGAACAAGAUUGCAGAGAGAUAUCCAGAGUUGCAGCAAGUCCCAAAAGAUAUUUUUGCCAAUGACCCCGCCCUCUCCAGCUCCUCCGAGGUGUCAUACAGAUGCAGGAAGUGCAGACGAACUCUGUUCCGCAGCUCCAGCAUCCUCAGUCAUCCUGUAGGCGACGGAGCUUCAGCCUUCAGUCAUAAGAAGUCCAGCAACCUCUCCGGAGAGGUCCAGUGUACGUCCUAUUUCAUCGAGCCGGUACAGUGGAUGGAACAAGCCUUACUUGGAGUGAUGAACGGACAGCUGCUCUGUCCAAAGUGUGGAUCAAAGCUGGGCUCCUUCAGCUGGUGUGGGGAUCAGUGCUCCUGUGGUCGUUGGGUCACGCCGGCCUUCCAGCUGCAUCACAACAGAGUCGACGAGAUUCGACAACUCAACACAACAAAAUAACACAAAAACAUCCACGCCGCUCUGCUCCUUUACAGAUGUUUACUUUGUGUUAUGCUGGAUUUAAAUGUAAAAACAUGUACAAAAUUAAAAUGUGUUAUAUUUUUUGUAAAAAAAAAUAAAUAAACAUAAUAAGAUACAUCUGCAAAGUUUA